AUGGGUAACGGAGCCAAGGCACAGCAGAAGCGCGAGCGCAACGCAAAGGACGGCAAGGUCGCCAAGUCACAGCUGAAGAGCAACGUCCAGGCUAUGGACAUCCAGUGCAACAUCUGCAAGUCGACCUUCUUGAAGACGACCCGUGCUCCUCAGCUCACCGAGCACGCUGUCAACAAGCACAGCAAGACUCUCCCCGAGUGCUUCCCUACCUACGAGGUCAAAUAG